AUGGCUUCUGUAUACAAGACCCUCUCGACCGAGCGCACUCGCUCCAAGGCGGAAUCCGACGGUGCGCCUUCCGCCUCCAAGCGGAAGAACGCCCAGAGAGUCCUGAUCCUCUCGUCGCGAGGCAUCACCACUCGCUCCCGCCACCUACUCAACGACAUCGCAGGCCUCCUCCCCCAUUCCCGCCGCGAGUCCAAGUUCGAUUCCAAGAAAAACCUGCGCGAUCUGGCCGAGAUGGCAGAGUUGUACAACUGCAACAAUGCAAGUACUGUGAGGCCCUACUCAAUGACAACCAGGCUGACUUCAUGCACAGGUCAUGUUCCUCGAAUGCCGGAAACACCAGGACUCAUACCUUCACUUAGCCAAAGUGCCCAACGGCCCAAGUCAAAAGUUUCUGGUCCAGAACAUUCAUACCAUGUAAGCCUUUCGUGCCCGGCCCUGUGGGCAACAUCUCUGACGCUUCUGCUCUCCAGGGAAGAGUUGAACUUCUCAGGAAACUGCCUUAAGGGUUCCCGACCUAUUCUCUCCUUCGACGCCGCAUUCGACACCGAGCCCUCUCUCCGCCUCUCCCGCGAGCUCCUUACUCACAUCUUUGGUGUUCCUGAGGGCGCGAGGAAGGCCAAGCCUUUCGUGGAUCACGUUAUGGGCUUCAGUGUCUUGGACGGAAAGAUUUGGGUGCGCAACUACCAGGUCAAGGAAGAAGACACUGCUGAGCAGAAGGACAUGUCGCUCCUUGAGAUCGGACCUCGUUUCUGCCUGACCCCGAUGUUCAUCCAGGAAGGCUGCUUCUCGGGCCCCAUCAUCUACUCGAACAAGCAAUACGUAUCUCCCAACCAAAUCAGAUCAGACAUGCGGAGACGCGACGCCAUCAAGCACAGCGCCCGCGCGGAGCAGCACGUCGAGCGGUUCGCAAAGAAGGACCGGCUCGGUAUCUCCAGCGGAAGCAAAGACAUCCGGGCGAACGAGCUGGAUUCGAGGACGCUGUUUGCUUGA